UUAGAACUUGUGGUUAGAAACACGUUAGGUAGUGCUGUCAAAUGUCAAUUUUUCUUUUUGACAAAAUGACAAUGGUUGCAUUUCAGUUUUAAAAUUUCUCAUAUAUUUAUUCGAAAUGUUUGAGUGGACGUAGAGUUAACUAUAUCUUCUGGAACAAUUUCAUAGUUUCCUAAAGAGAAAAAUCUAAUUUCUUAGAAAAUAUCUAACAUUCAUAGGUGUAAUGUGACAAUAAAUUCGAAUUUUUAAUCUUAUCAUAUCGAUUAGAUUUAAAUCACAAUUGCUCCCAUACGGUGGUUUGAUUGUUUGAAAAUUAUGAUUCUGCUGUAACCUACACGCAUUAUGUCCAACGCUAAUUAUAGUGAAGGCAAGGAAAACUAUCCUCUACACGAAUGUAUUUUUAUCGGGGACGUACGCAAGCUAUCUUCGUUGCUGAGAAAUAAUGAGGUGACCCGUAAGGACAAACAUGGGAACACAGCUUUGCACCUUGCUGUUAUGUUGGGACGUAAAGAGUGCGUACAGUUGUUAUUGGCGCACAGUGCCCCUGUAAAAGUCAAAAACCUUGCAGGAUGGUCGCCCCUUGCCGAAGCGAUAAGCUAUGGGGAUCGUCAGACUAUAUCCACUUUGGUACGUAAACUCAAGCAACAGGCUCGAGAACAAAUGGAAAUCAGAAGGCCUGAUCUGAUACGAGCUCUCUCACAAAUUCAGGACUUCUAUAUGGAACUUAAAUGGGACUUCCAUUCAUGGGUUCCUUUAGUCUCAAGAAUUUUACCAUCAGAUGUUUGUAAAAUUUUUAAAUCUGGAUCAAAAAUUAGAUUAGAUACAACCUUAGUUGACUUUUCUGACAUGAGAUGGGAGAGAGGUGAUAUAUCUUUCAUUUUUCAAGGUGAAAAGCCACCUACUGAAUCCCUCACUGUUUUAGACAACAAACUAAAGGUUUAUCAAAAGGUGCGAUAUGAAGAAACCGAAACAGAAAUUGAGGAUGAAGUUGACAUACUUAUGUCCAGUGAUAUUUUGGCUGCUCAGAUGUCAACUAAAGGAAUAUCCUUUUGUAGAGCUCAAUCAGGAUGGAUAUUUCGAGAAGAUAGAAAAGAGACUGUAGCUGGAUUGUACCAAAGUGAAGUAUAUAGUAUAUCAGGCUUAGUACUGGAGUCUAGGAAGAGACGAGAACAUUUGUCGAGUGAUGACUUACAAAAAAACAAAGCAAUACUGGAAAGUUUAACUAAAGGCAACACACAACAUUUGGAUACUAAUGGUGAACCCACACGGCGAGCUUCAUUGAAUCCCCCUCCUGAAAGUAAAGUGGAUUGGGAAGCCUAUAUAUCAGCACCACCUGGCCAGUAUCCUAGUUUAGGUAGAGCAGUGGUAUACAAGGAGUCUUCUCGAAGUUUUCGUGCUACAAUCUCUAUGAGUGAUGAUUUUCCACUCAGUGUAGAGAUGUUACUAAAUGUAUUGGAAGUGAUAGCUCCUUUCAAGCAUUUUGCAAAAUUAAGGCAAUUUGUUGCUCUGAAACUACCAAAAGGGUUUCCUGUGAAAAUCGAUAUUCCGAUUCUACCAACAGUCACGGCAAAAAUCACAUUUCAAAAAUUUGAAUUCCGUGAUGACAUACCCGAUGAUUUGUUCAUAAUACCUGAGGAUUUUAUUGAAGACCCUUUGCGUUUUCCUGAUUUAUGACAUUUUGAUAUUCUAACACUGUUUGAAAUAAGUGAGAGGCCUAAGUGGCUGAGUGAAGUUAAAAGUAGUAAAAUGCGGAAAACAAUUAUGCGUCGGUCAUUCACACACAACAUGUUGUCUGUUGAGUUUCCCAUGCUGUUUGGACUCGGUAGCUCCUAUUCCAGCCAUUGUGUCAUCUUUGUAGAAUAGCUAAAUCCUAAAUAUACUGUUAAGUGUGGUGAAUUGUUUGUGUAGUAGUUCCUGUAUGACAGUGUUAGAAUUGUUGUAAACAAAAUCUAUUCUGUAUUACUUAAUGUUAUAUUGUUUAAAUUUAAAUAUUUUAUUCUUUUGACUUUUUAUAUUUUGAUUUGAUUUUUUUUUAAUUUCAUUAAAAUAUAUCUUAACUUAAUACAAUGAGUGAUUUAAAAAAAAAAGUAUUUUAGAAAUAAAAUUUAUUAGGAUUUUUUUUAAAUACAAUGGUUACACUGGUUGUUCAAAUUUUUUUCAGUAUUUAUUUUAAACAUUUAAAUGUUUAUAUGAAAUAUAACCACUUUAAACUGUUUUAUAGGCUGCCCUUCAUUAAAAAAAACAGAUUGUCACUGUGUUGUGUUCUAGUUUAGAGUAUUAACAGAAAGUGUAGUUACUAAACUUAAACCUCAUUAAAAAUGCAAAAUUAAUGUACAGACUAUUUUGAUUCUUAAUUAGAUUUCAUUCCAUGGCCUAGUUCUUAAGUUAGAUGUCCAGAGAACUUCAUUGCUUUUCCUACGAAUUAUUAACAGCCCAAUUCUACUGAGUACUUGCACAAAUCAUGCCAAUUUCAAUUUCCAUUCUAGAUAAGUUUACAAGGCCUAUUUUAUAUCAGAAUUAAAUGUAUAUGAAUUUUAAAAUGUAAAAAAGAACAGGGCCAUAUUUAAGAUUUUGUCGAACUGUGUCUGACCUAUGCAAAUGCAUCACUACUUACGGCCUCGUCAAGAGUUUCAUUUUCGUUUACAAUACCAGUAACAUUCACAGAUGACUGUCAUAGUUUAUGAAGUACAUGCAUGUUUCAGAUUAAUCAUUUCGUGUUAAUGGAAAAAGCAAAUGAACAAUUUCGCAGUGAAGGUACGUUUUAAAUUAUUUAAAGGGAAUGCAUCUGACCGUCCGUGUCACCCCACGUUACACGAGCGUCAGCCGAUUUUUAAUUUUAUUGUAGUAUUACAUUCCGAGCAAUGUAGUGUAGGUAGGUAGGUACAUUUGUAAUAUAUAAACUAUGGUUCACGUUUCUAAGAUAUCUAUACUUUUGUUUUCGUGGACGAUUCCCCUAAUUAUACCGAAUAAUAAAUGCUCCAUAUUUGAUUUAAAAAAACAUUUAUUGUACCAAGAGACAAAUAAUACAAGCAUUACCUUAACCACCCUGACUUUAAUGUGUGCUAAUUAUUACAACGACAAUACUGCCAUUAACAAAGAGCUGCAUGGUUGUACAGCGUAAAAGUUUCUCAAUAAACAAUUGAUGUGACAGUUUAAUUUUUUAACUACAUAACGUUAAUGAAUUUCUGUGAUCUAUUUACGGACGGGGACAGCCGAGACAGCUAUUGUAGUAACAAAUGGGUAAACGUCUGCGCUUUUUUUACUUCUCUUUUAUAUUUUUAUAUUUAUUGUGACCUUUUAAAGAAAAUCACAUUCGCAAAAAAACAGAUAUUGAUAAUGUUUUCUGUAGCAACGUUAACUUCUGUAGCAACAUACCUAUUGAUCAAGUAAGUAAUAUUCGUAGUGAAUGUUUUAAAAUUGAAGGUAUUGGUAGGUAUUUGCUUUAGUAGAAGUGUUAGAACACGCAGAAUUUUAAGUUCUUGCAUCCCACCACAUGAUGUAAUUGUUAUGUUUCUUGCCUUUAUAUCGAACAUCUUUUUUUGUAAAAUAGAGAUCAUUGUACACAGUACCUAUAUGUAUAAAUAUGUAUUAUGUUGCAUUAAAAAUAAAUGGUGAUAAAACUGA